AUGCCAAUUAAAGAGCCUAUUGUAACCGUGGAAGCAGCAUCUACAGAGGACGCCACCUCUACAGACGAACAAAUCUACAUCGCCGAAGAGGCCUCGGUGAACAGUCCUGAGGACUUGGACGAAGAGGAUUUCUCAGAUAUCGACCAGAAGAAGUUGCUAAGGAAACUUGACCUUCGUCUUUUACCACUCUUCACCAUCCUCUACUUGCUCAGCUUUCUCGACAGAGGCAACAUCGGCAACGCUAAGAUUGAGGGCUUGACAGAGGACUUGAAUCUCGUGGGGAACCAGUUCAACAUGUGCUUGACGAUUUUCUUCAUUUUCUACUCGGCGUUGGAGGUGCCCUCUAACAUGGUGUUGCACAAUGUGAAGCCUAGGUGGUACAUCUCCACCACCAUGUUGUUGUGGUCGAUUGUAAUGACGCUCAUGGGUACUGUGAACAACUACAAGCAGCUCUUGGCCACCAGAGCGCUUUUGGGGAUCUUUGAGGCUCCUCUUUUUCCUGGCAUCUCGUACAUGUUAUCCAGAUACUACCUGAAGCUGGAGAUCCUUGUGAGACAGGCGAUCUUCUUCAGUGCUGCCACAUUGGCAGGGGCCUUUUCGGGCCUUUUGGCCGCAGGCCUUUCUCAGAUGAGAGGCAUUGGAGGGUACGAGGGGUGGAGGUGGAUCUUUAUCAUCGAAGGGUUGCUCACCUUUGUGUUUGCGCUAGUGUCGUAUGUGUACUUCCCCAUGUACCCAGACGAAAGCAGUUUUCUUACACCCAAGGAACGCCGCUUCAUCACCCACAAAAUCAAGCACUCGUCCAACGCGGAGAACAUGAAAAUCGUGGCCACUGCUGUUCCCGAAAAGUCUCUAGGUGAAGAUAAUGCUACUGACAAGUCCCAAGUAUGGGCAGUGCUCAAGGAUUGGCAGUCCUGGACUCAGCUCAUGAUCUGCUACGGGACUCUUGUUCCACUCUACGCCAUGUCCCUUUUCGGGCCCACCAUCAUCUACAGCUUAGGUUGCACGUCAACCGAGGCUCAACUUUUGGGCGUCCCCGUGUACGCUUUGGCUUCCGGGUGGUGUGUUUUUCAGGCGUGGCUCUCAGACCGGGUAGGGCUUCGAGCACCGUUCAUGAUCUUCGACAUUUUGUGUAUUGUCACUGGUUUCAGCGUGUUGCUAGGCUUCAACACCAUCACCAAUCCUGGAUCUCAGUAUGCUGCCAUGUACGUCAUUGGCAUUGGGUGCGCAGCGUACCCUCUAGUAGUGAUCUGGCUUUCGAAUAACUUAGCUGGGUCCUACAAAAGAGCUAUUGGCAUGGCGUUUCAAAUUGGGCUCGGCAACUUCAGUGGUGCUUUCUCGUCGAAUUUCUACAGGCAACAGGAUGCGCCCCAGUAUAACUUGGGCCACGCCUUGUGCUUAGGUUUUGCCGUCAUGGGACUCUUGUUCAGCUUGAUAGCUGUAUCAGGAUACAUGUACUGUAACAGGAAGAGACGGCGAGAAGUAGCUCAGGGUAAAUACGACGAUGUGCCUCCUGAAGAGCUUAUCAAGAUGGGCGAUAAAAGUCCCUACUUUGUGUAUCGUCUAUAG